CUGGAUGAUGAGCAGGAGGGCGGCAUCAUUGACGAUGUGGACGCUGACCUGACAUCGUACUGUUGUUUUAUUCAUCCACGUGUGCAUUUUCUUUGGAUGUUACUGUUAAAGUAGUGAUUGUGGGACGUUGUGUGCUUGCGUGUGUGUGUUUUUGAAGGGCCCUGCAGCUGCGCUAACGUAGCUGCGAUGCAGUGCUAACUGCAUAUGUCUUCGGUCAUACUGCCAGCAGCUGGCAGUGUUGAACAUGGCACGCGCGAUGAGCCCCUCCCUCCACAGACCCUGACCUUCAGUGCCGCCAACGCCUGACAGAUAGAAAACUUCAUCUCUCUCUUAAACUGUGUUGCCUGAAGAAGCAUCCAGAGAUGCAGUCCACUACUGCGGGAAAGAGUCUUGGACGAGGCACGUGGCCAAAUUAAACCCAGCGUAUCUUACGUAGAGCCGCACUGCCAGACUUCACCAUUCUCCUUGGUCGUCCAGCGUGGAGUGGGAGAAAGAGGUCCUGUGAUGGCACGGGGCGCAGCUUAAAGAAGCUCUUGGAUUGCGGGCUGAGAUAGGAGGUUGCAGAGUGCGCAGCCCGCUGCCACUAAUGGAUGCCAAGUUGCGAGAAGACCUGUUCCGUAGGUAUGUGGCAUCUCUGGAGAAUCGGCUUGAGAAGAGAGCUGGUGGGGCUACAACUGAGGAUGCGUUGAUCUCUGCAGCGACAGCACUGCUGGGCUCAUAUCAACCGGACCCGGGGCAUCGCUUUCGCGCGGUUCCCUUCUAUGACAUUGUGGAGAAUGCGCUGCGGACUCAGAGGGGUGCCAACCUGCAGACCUUGCAGACGGCAUUUGCAACAUUGGAAACCAUUUGUACUAACCUGCUGCUGUUUCCGUGGAAGAAAGAGUUCCGUUGCAUAAAGACGUUUACAGGGCCGUACGUGUACCAGUUACAGUCUGUGAUAGGAGAUGCGGACCUGCGUUUGCUGCUGCGUUCCUUGGGCUAUUCCAGAGACCAGGAGCUGCAGUACCACUGCCGGGAUCAUCUGUGCGCGAGCACCCACCUUCGACAGCUGGCCUUCGAGCUGCUCCUGUCCCAGGCCGAAUGCCGUCUACUUGCCGAGGUAGUGUCCAUAUCUCGGGGCUCUGCUUCUGAGCUGGAGGUGGUGGAGGUCAGGAGGAACACCAGGGAGGACGCAGCAGGCUGCGCCGACGCUCUCCGCAGACGGGAUGGCGUCACUGCCGAUUUGUCCCGACUUUCCGUGCGUCCGGCAGAUAUGGAACGUGCCCACCUGCGGCGAAGCGGUCGGCCGUCCAAGUCGGUGGAUGUAACUGACGGCGCGGGACACUGGCAUCAAGCCAGCAAGCCAGUGCUGAAGGCCUCGCUCAGUCUUCGCAAAGAACCGCUGUUCGUCGACACAGAAGAGGAUGCAAAAGACGAAAUCCUGCGUCCUAACCCCUCGCUGUAUGCCGUGGCGGCCCCUCCAGCCGACUUCUUCCCUAUUCAGUCGCCUCCAUCCGAGCCUUAUCCCUACCACUUGUCCUCCCUGGACGAGGUGGACCUGUACACUGAGCGAGGGGCGGCUAGCCAUCAGACGCCCUCCAGGCCACCGAGUCGGGAGCCACGAGAAUCACGGGACACUUGGGUUCUAAAGGGUCACAUGAUGAAGUGCCAGGGCUGUGGCGUGGGUUGCCCGUCGCUCUCUUCUUGCCAGAGGUGCGACAUGAUCCUGUGUUCAUCCUGUCACUCGGUGGAGCCGGCGCCUUGUUGCGGCUACCAGGACUACACGAAAGCGUCCCGACCUCCGGAGGGCUAUAUGCCCGUGAAGGAGAAGCUGUCCGUCUACUGUCACACCCACCCGCACCCUCUUCCCCACGCACUGCUGCUGGACAAAACUGUGACGAGUGUAAAGCUGUUUCCCAGCAAGCCAGUGACUUCGGUGGGCGGCGGGGGUGAGCGUCUGAGUGUGGCCGGCUCCCGCUGCGGCUUCUGCAACAAGCCAGGGGCCUCCUACACCUGCGUGAACUGCUCCAAGGUGUCGUGCGACCCGUGCAUUGGCCUUUAUGCCAGCGAUAUGUGUACACGCAAGAACCCUCACCAUAACUUUCUGCCCAAUCACCAGCUCAAUUUCAAAUCUGGCACCAUAUCUCACCUCGUAUAUCGAUAGACCAGGACGGCAGUUGAUUUGUUAUUUAUUUUUCUUUUUGUUAACAGAAGUUUCCUUUCGCUAUUACCUGAUUUUCUACCCCUCAGUAGCCGUGUUUGAUCAAUAACAGUGAAGAAUAAAUUGCUAUAUGACCAGAGAAAAUCCUUCCAACAGCGGCUUCUGGUUAGACUUUCCCUUGAAUUGAAUCCAAGAACUUGAAACUUGUUGUGUGAGGUGAACAACCUUAAAACUACACUGGAAGAACAUAAUCCACACACACACACAUAUAGAUAUACACUUUAGUUGUGAAGCUGUCGGUCUACUAGCUGGUUUCCCAGCAGGUUGUGAAUCUGCAUCAGAAGGUGAAAUGUUUUGACGGUUCACUCAAGAACUGGGCCUGUGCUGUUCAUAACGCUGCUGUUGAAAAUCAAACCAGAGGCCACUGGCAUAUUAUUCAAGCUACAUGCUCAGUAUUCGCCAAAUUGAUUUCCAUAACACGUUGUCAAUGCAAGUUUUCUUUUACAUUAUCCUUGCACUUAAUUCAUUUGAGAUACUUUUGAACAAAUGUUCGUUUGAUACAUUGACCUUGUAUCACAUGAUGGCUAUGUGGAGUAUUAUGACUGGCAGGAUCUCACAAAAACAUGUUCAUAUUCAUCCUUAUACCAGUAAAAGAUUUGUGAUUAGUAAGUAUUUUUGGCAGUGUGACACUAUUUUCCUGACAAUAAAGCACAGUUGUGAUUCUCCUUCAUGUAC